AAUGCUGCUGCCUCCUGGAGCAGAGGGAGGGAGAAGAGGGGAAGGGAGGGGGAGGCGGCUCUUGGGCUGCAGCUCUCAACCAAAGGCAGUCUCCCUCAGCUCUCUGGAGGGACCAGGAGAAGGAGCCGCGGAGUAAGAUGCUCUGCGGGGCGCCCUGAGCUGGGGGCGCUUGAAGCGUCUUAGGGGACUGGGGCAAACAGGACAGAUUUCACCAUGCAUCAGUCCCUGACUCAGCAACGAUCCAGCGACAUGUCCCUGCCUGAUUCCAUGGGAGCCUUCAACCGGAGGAAACGAAACUCCAUCUAUGUCACUGUGACUUUGCUUAUUGUAUCAGUAUUAAUUCUCACAGUGGGCCUGGCUGCAACCACUAGGACCCAGAAUGUAACUGUUGGAGGCUAUUAUCCAGGAGUUAUUCUUGGCUUCGGGUCAUUCCUUGGAAUCAUCGGUUCAAACCUUGUGGAAAACAAGCGGCAGAUGCUGGUAGCUUCUAUCGUGUUUAUCAGCUUUGGUGUGAUUGCAGCUUUUUGUUGUGCCAUAGUUGAUGGAGUCUUUGCUGCCAGACACAUUGAUCUGAAACCUCUGUAUGCUAACCGGUGCCACUAUGUCCCCAAGACAUCCCAGAGAGAAGCUGAGGAGGUCAUAAGUUCCUCAACCAAAAAUUCUCCUUCUGCGAGGGUUAUGAGGAACCUUACCCAGGCAGCUAGAGAGGUGAAUUGCCCUCAUCUCAGCCGUGGAUUCUGCACACCUCGCAUCCGGGGUAAUACUUGCUUCUGCUGUGACCUCUACAACUGUGGAAACAGGGUGGAGAUCACCGGUGGGUACUAUGAAUACAUUGAUGUCAGCAGCUGCCAGGAUAUUAUCCACCUUUACCAUCUGCUCUGGUCUGCCACCAUCCUCAACAUUGUCGGCCUGUUCCUGGGUAUCAUCACUGCAGCUGUUCUGGGAGGCUUUAAGGAUAUGAACCCCACUCUCCCGGCACUGAACUGUUCUGUUGAAAAUACACAUCCAACAGUUUCUUACUAUGCUCGUCCCCAAGUGGCAUCAUACAAUACCUACUACCAUAGCCCUCCCCAUCUGCCACCUUAUUCUGCAUAUGACUUUCAGCAUUCCAGUGUCUUUCCAUCCUCCCCUCCCUCUGGACUCUCUGAUGAACCCCAGUCUGCUUCACCCUCUCCCAGCUACAUGUGGUCCUCAAGUGCACCACCUCGUUACUCUCCACCCUACUAUCCACCUUUUGAGAAGCCACCACCAUACAGUCCCUAAAGGGGAAUGCCUGCUGGCUAUUGAGAUUAUUGUGGCUUUUGUAUUUCUGCUUUAGUGGAAAUGUGUAGGGUACAAAAUUUAAAGUGUGACUCAUGCAUAAAGUUUUUUAACAAUGGCCUGCCAAGCUAGGGAAAGAUAGGGAUGAAGUUUACUUGUUCAGUGAAAAGGAUGGGUGGCUAGGCUGAACCCAACAUUUCCAAGGACAGUUUGUAGCAAGCCUGGGGAGAUGGCCCAAUAAGAACAUUGCAUGAUUGGACUUGCAUUGCAGUAUGCCCCAUGUCUGUUUUCAGCAGAAGCGCAGCUGUCAUCUGCUUCACUUUUGGCAACGGAAUAUUGUCCUAAGGCCCUUGGCAGAUUGUUACCUGAGCACCUUGGUUGAAGGACCUGGUUGAGAGGCCCUAUCUUUCCCUACACUGCCGCCAGUCUUUAAGGAAGAAAAAAAUACAUGCAGUGAAUUGGGCUACACAGUAGUUCCAACACAGAGUUCAGGCUAAGAUUUUGUUUGCUUGUGUCUGGAAAAAAGCUGCCCAUAUCUUACUCCUUUCUUCUCUGUAUUAUAAAAAUGGCUGCUGUGAUUAUUCAGCUCAGCUUUUGUUAUUGGUACCUCCUAAUGGGAAAAGUGCAAUAUUCCCUCAUCUUGUGCAGUGGGAAACAGGAUUGUUCUGGAAGCACUGAAAUACAGAGCAACAUGUCAACUGUUUUAAGUAGAUCUCAGUAAUACAUUCAGUAUUUUAGGAGAGUGAUUCUACUACAUGUUGCAGUAUUGCAAAAUACAUUUGCUAAAGGGGAUGUAAAUCUUACAGCGGAAGUUCAGAGUCAAAAAAAGUUCUAGAUUAGGCUCGGUCAUGAUAUGAGUUGUUACUGUUGUGACUAUUUAAUCUUCAAAUAUUGUGCUUCAGCCCCAGCAAACCGCACGUAUCUUGCACCCCCACCCCAAAAAAGUCAUCUGUAUUUUAGUAUCAUUGCUCUUAUUGGUCCUGUUUCUGUUGAGACCAAUCAUGACAGCGUUCAAGAUUAUGAAAGUAUUACAAUGCUGCUUCAAGUCUGCAAAACUUCAAAUGUAGCCAACUUGACAAAUUCUUAAGUGUUACAGUAGAUUUGAAAUCCAUCAGGCACAUUGUGGUAUCUUUGUACAGUUCUUUUAAUUACACAUAGCUUUAACCCAUCAAUCGGAUGAGUUUAAAACACUUUGGCACCCAUGCCUUCAACUCAGAAUGAACCCAUACAUUGGGAUCUUAUGUUAACCCAAGAAUUGAUAAGUUUAAAGGAAGACUGAUAAUCCUACACAUGUAAAAAUACAGGGGCUACAGGAGGGUACCUAAUUAGAAAGUUCUGCAAACACAGAACACAUACUGGAAACAUUUCCAGCCAAUUUCGCUACCUCCCAACUUGAUGGAUUAGAGGUAGUAGACAAAUGCUGGUGCUCCCAUCUACCUUGUAGACACCUGGUCAUUAAAGUCAUCAAGGCACAAGAAGUGCACUCACUGUUCAUAGUAAAGAUGAAAUAUUUUGUUCAAAGCAAAAUAUUUAGUUUAACUUUCAGCAUCAUGAAUGUUGUUUUAGCCAGAUUUCAAAUCUGAAGAACUAUAAUCCUUUUGUGUUAUACAAAAUUACUAUUAUUUUUUACAGUUCUGAGCAUAUCAAAAUUCUAUUGAACUUCCAAAAAGGACUAAUAACCAAUUGACUUACUAUACAAGUAUCAACUUGUAAUAUUCACUGAAUUUUUUGCCACUUAUACUUUACCUUUUGCUUUAGUGAACAUGUAUAUUUUUAAAGGCACCAUUACAUGGUAUAUCCUACAUUUAUCACAUUUCUUAAAAGUGUUAAGAUUCUAUGACUCAUUUCUAUGUAUUUUUCUUACUUUACAAAAUAACUUGAAACACUAUAGAUUUUGUAACACUUAAUUUGAGCAGCUUCUUUUUUAUUACAUUGAAUUAUAUAAAGUGCAUGUAACCUUAGAAAAAUCGGUAUUUGCUGCUUUACUUUUUUGCAAAACAUUUGCUGUAAUGAAGGAAUUUCUAUUUCCAAUAUGUAUCUUGACUGCAUUUUGUAAUAUUUACUGCUUCCUUCCUAAUUCUGCUUUAAAGUAUUGAACUGGGCAUGAAACAUUAAAAUAUUAAUCCAGAACCUGUAUAAACUGGAUGUUGCUUAAAAUCUGUAUCACUGCCAUGUUGGAAACCCAGACUGCUUUUGUGAUGUUUCAAAUUAAUAAAACUAUCCUCUCCU